UGUUCUCUCAGGAGGCCCAGAAGAAGGUGUCAAGCUUCCUAGUGAAGCUGAGGCUGAAGAAUCCUUUGCAGAUUACUGAUAACAGGUCCAGUUCGGAGUCAGAGCGAGCUAACGCUGAAGUUCGCCAGGGGGCAGUCAUGCAGUCUUCAGUAGAAGGCAAAGCUCUCCGCAGCACGCAAGGAACUAUCCAUAACAACUCACAGCAGCACUCCCCACCCACUGGCACUGAUAAGAGUUGCAGAGGGGCAGAGGGAUCUACAUCCCCAGAUAACAUUGACAGCGACAGGAAGAAGAUCAAUUUCCCACUCCUCUUCACCAAGACAGCCGUGGCUGGGACCACCACCAACCCCCUUCUCACUGAGAAUGACCGGCCCAGCGGGAAGCUUUCUGCCAAGGCAGAAAAUGCCCAUAAGCCUGUGAUGGUGGCCGGUAUCCCAGAGGAGAUUGGUGUUGGAGCUAAGGUCAUGCAGAAGACCUUACCGGCCAUGUCCAAGUUCAGCUGGUUACGGCCCAGUCCAAGUGAAGAAGAUGACAAAGUCCAGGGCAAAGUCAAAGACUUCCUCAAGACCAAACUAGGUGAACAGAAAGAAGAUAACAUCCCGCCAAUAGGCAAAGAACCUUGGAGAAAAGGGUCCUCCCAUGGAGCAGAACAAGGCAGAGGCAGGGACUAUAGCAGGAGGAAAGCGCCCCUCUCCUACGACAUACAGCACAGACUCAACCAAGCCAUGACAGAUUCAGACAGACUCAAAGCUAGAGAGGUCAUCAAGAGAAGUGGAACCAUCCGCUGUGAGAAUCUCCAGCAAAGGCCCAACCGACAGAAGCCAGAGUUGGAGCGAUUCAAACCCAGGGAUAUCACCAAGAGGAGGGCCAUCAUUCCAUGUGAUGAGCUGCAGCAAAGGCCCCAUCAGCCAAUGCCAAAGCCAGAUAAAGCUGCCCUGGUUAAACUCCCAGCGAUUCCACGGUGGACGGGCUCCAUCUCAUAUGAGGAGUACCAGAAGCUGAACCAGAAGAUGCCAGACAGCACCAUCAACACAGAGGACCUGGAGGAGUUCUUAAACUCACUGGGCAUUACUCAUAUUGAAGACCUGGCAACUACGGUGCCUGACGAUCCCCUGAUCGAUGCCCAGUCUGAUGCCUUCAAAGAAGUCUUUGAGCAGUUUGCAAAGAACAGCGAUGGCUCUCUCAACGAGGAGGACCUGGCGUCCACGCUGGACAGAGUGGGGAUCAGUAUCAGCCCAGAGGAGGUGAAGAAAGCCCUGCAGAAGGCCGACUACGACAAGGACGGAGAGGUGGGGUUUCAAGAUUUCCUGCAUGUGAUGGUGGACAGCCAGCGCUUCACCAAGUGCUUGAAAGGAGCGGACCCAUCCCAGUCUGUUGAGGUGGGUGAGACAGUGUUUUACAAGGCCCUGACCAGGAUGCUGGCUGCUGGUAUCCUGUCCAGUGGUACUACAACAGAGAUCGUACAGUACUACCAUAAAAAGACUCUGAGGCUGAUCCGGCGGGCCGUGCGACCAGACAGGGAGGACGGGGACCAUGUUCUCACCUACUACACCAAGGGAGCUCAUCUCAUAGGCCUGAAGAGCAAGCAGCUCCUCAAGUACAUCCAGCCAGUGGAGACAAUUGCCCAAAGCCAGAAGGUGAAGGACAGCCCGUACUUGAGGUGUCCCAGCCUGAACAUGGCCUACACCUCCUGGGACCCCCGGCGCAUGUCCCUGAACCCUGCACAGAAGGCAAAAAUGGGCCGCGUGAAGUCUGUCAAGACCUGGAAGACCGCUGAGAUCGAAGAUCGCAUCAGACAACUGUCAAUCAAGCACCCCGGGAUGGAGAAAAUGGAGAUGAUCACACCUGUGAAGAUGAAGGUGAACAUGUCCAUGAAGGAGAGGGACCACCUCACUUACAAUGAGAUCAACCAGAUAAAGCAGAUGUCCAAAUCAAGUCUGAAGGAGUACCUGAAGGACCUGACCCAGCUGAAGCGCAGGGACAUGUGGAACUCCUGGGGCUCCCUUCAGUGUUACUGUGCCCUCCACAGCCGAAAGGACUUCCCCAAAACCUUCACCACCUACUCCUGGUCCUGGAGCAGCUGUCGCAACAUGAUGGAGACUGGUGACCUGGACGCUCCCUGUAGGUCCGCCCUACGCCCCCAUGUAGCCAACCACUGGAGCCCAUCGCCAGGAAGCUUCGUGCCUCGUCCAAUCAGGGAGGCUAAAAAGAGAAGACCCUGGCGGCAACCCCGUUGACAGGAAGAGCAGUACACUGUAGAAAAGAGGAAUAACACCAAUAGCAAUCAUAACAAUACUGAUACGAUCAAUUACUUUAACCACAAAGAUCCCAGCCACCCCCACUUCCUCUGACCACAGUCUCCACUCCCCCACACCUCCUGAUCCCAGUCCCAGACUUCGACCAGAGCGGCUGUAGUUAUGAGUGCAACAACCCCCCAUGUUAUGUGUUCAAACAGGACCGGCCUCCUAGCUGAUCUGUUGCUCUGGGCCUAACUUACAUUAGCCCGCCCCUGAGGCCCCAUGAGAGGGGGGGGGGGUGGAGGAGAGGACAUGCAGUGUCUCCCUGCUCAGCAGAAAUAAACCCAUCAUCCCUGAAAAAAAUAGCAGAAUGAGUCAAACGAGUGUCACUGGUUUGUUUGAAAACUGCACCGUGCAAAAGUGAGGAGGAGGGAUAGGUAGGGAGGGAUCUGGGGUCGAUCUGCAUGAAACCAUGAAGGAGAUCUGAAAGAGUGUUAUGGAAAGGGGGAAGUGGCAGUGCUUUAGAUGUUAAAUAGAGCUAAAUAUAUAAAUAAAUAUAUGUUGCCUGGAUGAUGUGUCCAAACAGUCAUUUCCAAUAACUCCCACAUCAAAGAGCCACUUCUCCACUCUAGACAACCCAUAUUAACAUCAGUCUAUGAAUAAAUCUAAGGGUCCUAUAAGGCCAAGGCAUGGAGCCUAGGAGGAGAGCCAGGACUACUCAUCCCCUUGGCCUGCUCCAACUGGCUGGGUUACACUAUAGUCUGCCGAUUAAGUCCCUGACUGGACCAGGUCCUGAUAGGGUCCUCAACCCUGAUAUCAGGCCAAAUUGAGGAAGGGAUCAGCGCUGGUCUGAUCCAUUCAUUAUGAACAGUCUCAGUCUGAUGUUAACCAGACAUGCCUGAGCACACACACACACACACACACAGAGUACGUUAGCCCUCCGCCUGGCUCCCAUUAAGAAGAUGACAGGUAAUAAAAUAAACCACAGUGAAACAGGGAGCUCUGUUGUUAAAAGCUGUUGUGCUUGAAUGUGUCUGUGCACUUGGCGACAGUGACACUGUUUACUCAGACUACGAGUACUUGGCCUGAUGGCCCCUGUCAUCCUGUAAACCAGAUGCUUGAGCAGUCUCCUUCUCCUCUCUCAUGUUUACUGUAUGCCGAGACCAGAUAAGCGCUAUUAUGGCAAACACAACAGUUUGGCCUCAAUAUUUUCUCAGCUAAUUGGAUAGUAGGACAAUGGUCCUGCCUGGGAAUCUCACCAUCUUUUUCUCCAAACAAAUCGAUCAUUGUUUGGAAAUGUAAAACUAGGUAAGGCUGGCCUGUGGCUGUUUCUCUGGAUGUCAUGGGGAAAGAGAGAGGGCCCCCUAGUGCCUUUGACUGGUUCCUAAAGGAUUAUUGUUGUUUGACUGAGACCGCCUCUUCAGAUGGUUUACCACAAGAUGGCGCCAGUGUAUCAGCCCUUGUUGUCUGGUUCAGUCGCUUCACUUCCUCAGAUAAGCUCAUUGACUUGAUAAUGACUUUAAUUUGUCUCCGUCUUGUGAUAAAGAAGACAUAUAUUUGAUGGUCUAAUGAAUCUACCCUUUAGUAUAGUAGUUUAUUACUGUUGAAACGAAGUCAUAAUAUACUGUAGUGGUCCUGAAAGCUCCUUAAAAUGUUACGCUUCAAAUUCCUGAUGUCAGAUCUGUCAAUAUCAUGUCUGUAACAUUGAUGUGUUGUUCACUAAUCAGAGGUGAAGUCCAAGCAACAGCAGCAUUGUGCCGGGCUUCCGCCUAUUCAUCGGUCCUCUCUCAGCUUUCAUUAUUACAUUCUGCAUCUCAGAUCUUCAGUGUUAUUCUGUUUCUCUCAUUCUCAGUUCUCUCUCUGUACCUAUUUAGUGAGAUCAUUCUCUUUCAGUGGGUGUUCCAUGACUUAGUAAAUGGCGACGAGACGACGUACAUCAGGUACACAUUUCCAAAAAUGUGAAAACGGUAUGAAGGCCAUUACCAGAUUCUUAACCGUUCAGCUGCCUAUCUGGCUUCUGUCUUUAGAGACAUUCCUUUCAAAGUGGCCGAAAGCAGCUCCAGCUGCAUGUUUAUCUCCAGACACAUCUAGAUGAUGUUUAGACUGAAGAGUCACACUCAGCCACCCCAGGAGAGAUAUAAAGGCCCUUUGGACAUAUCACUGGAACUGAACAUUUAGAUAGAGUGAACGUUAAGACUCCGCAUGCCAGGUGGGUGAGAGAGAGUAGGCCUCACUAAGGACAGACACAACCAAUGUAAACCGUUUAAAAGUCAUUCAAUUGGUGUCAUUGGUGCUGUAAAGUUUAGAUUGUCUGUAUGAAUGCGGCUCCCUCCCAUGAAUCACCCAGCAGCCUCUCUGUCCUGUCUGUCGUUAGAGGCUCCCGCUGAUGAAUGAAGAAGUAUCACCCUCUUUCCUCAUAACGAGCUGCUUCCAGCAUGACUUGCCAAAUGUUUCUCCAACUCUGUACUGUAUGCUGUCCGUCUAUCAACACUGUUCUGAUUCAAACUCCUGUGCAGGCUUUUGUUUGGAAGACAAAUUUGGUUAGGGAGUACAAAUAGUUUUUUUAUUUUUUUAUUCUGUCCUGCAUAAUAGGGCCUAUAUGAAUGGCCCUGUGUAUUAGCAAAAUUGAGCACUUCUCGCUCUAGCGUCUAUUUCGGAUGCCAAAUUAGAUGUGUGGAUGUGUGCACGGUCUACUCCGUGUGUGUGUGUGGCCUCAUACGGAGUGUGUUGUAGCUGUGUUGUUGGACGAGGUAAUAGGUUUAGGCAUGAGGUUAUCUUAUGGAUUUAUCAAAGAGCCCCUAUUACCUGGUUGACUCACACUCUGGAAUCUGCCUGCAAUCUGGACUCAGGGGUAGACGUAACAUAGUAAAUGAAAAUCCGGGACACUCAAAUGAAUAUGAUAUGGUACAUUUGGUAUGGUACGUAUUCAUUUGUGGAUGUCCAUCAUCCAUUUCGUAUAGCA